CAAUCAUCAUCAUCAUCAAUGCAAAACAAUAAUGAAAAUAAUAAUAACCUUAUUGAUCAAUUACCAUCAUCAUUGGCAUUAUUACGAUCAAUUAUUUAUAUGCGUCGAGCUAAAGAUUCUGAUUUUGGCCAAUAUAAUUGUUCGGUUUGGAAUCAAUAUGGAUUUCAAUCACAAAUUAUUACAUUACAAAAACAAAGCAAUAUAUUAUCACCAUUAGUAUUAACAUUAAGUGGUAUUAUUUGUUUUGCUAUUGUAUUUGUAUUGGUUACAUCAUUAUUAAUAUUUAUUUGUAUAAGAUCACAACGUUUAACAAAUAAUAGUAAUGAUCAUCAUUCAUUAACAACAAAAAAAUUAGAUUCAUUAAAUCAUGAUCAAUCAAUUACAACAACAACAACAAGACGUUCUGUUUGUAAUGGAACAUCAUCAAUUGAUUGUAAUGGAAUGAUAAUCGUCGCUAAUGAUGAUUAUAAAAUAAAUUCAAUGGAAAAAAAUAUAUUAAUGAAAAAUACUAUAAUGAAAAUGAAUGGUUCAAAUCAAAUUCUAACAACAUUGACCACCAACACCACCAAUAAUGGUAAUUUAACAAAUCAUCAUCAUCAUCAUCAUCAUAGUGAUCUAUUGACAACAGCCAACAAUACUAAUAAUAAUGGUUAUAAUGGAUUACCACCAAUCUAUAAUAAUAAUGAUUUUUUACAUUCAAAUAAUGAUUCAUAUACACAAUAUUCACAAUUAAAUAAUUUAAUUACAAGAACAAAUAGUAAUAAUGGUGGACAAUUGAUAGCAACAACAACAUCAUCAUCAACAGCAGGAGCAGCAGCAGCAACUACCUAUAGUUCGGGUCAAUAUUUAUCAACUUCAUUAAAUGAUUAUGGUGGUGUUUCGGAUAAUAUUGAUCAUUCAAGUCAUUGUAAUGCUAAUGGUUUACCAAUAUCAUCAUAUAUUCAUGAUAAUAAUAAUAAUGAUAAUAAGGCAAAAAUAUCAAUAUCAAAUUAUUAUCAUCAACAACAGGAGCUUCAAAAUAAUAAUAAUAGUAAUAAUAAUCUACAUUUAUAUUCAACUGUCAAAAAUAAUAAUAAUAAUAAUUGUUAUGCAAACACUACAAAUACAAAUAAUAAUAAUAAUAAUAAUAAUUUACGUUUAAUUUCAAAAAUUGGUGAUCAAUUUAUUAAUCCAUAUGUACGAACAUCAUCAUCAUCAUCAUCCGCUACGGCUGCUAAUAUGAAUGGAUUACCAACACAGCCAUCAUCCAUAACUAUGAAUCAUUAUAGUAAUGUUAUUGAUUCAACAAAUGAUCGAUCAAUAAUCAAUAUUAUUGAUCAUCAUGAUGAUCGUCAUUUAUUAAGUGCUGGUGUUUAUCAUACAUCAUUAUCAUCAUCAUCAACAAAUAAUAAUAAUCAUCAUCAUCGUUAUAAAACAAAUAGUCUUGGUGGUAAUAGUAGUAGUAGUGGUGUUAUUAGUACAGGUGGUAGUUCACCACCUGGUGGUCAUUCACCAAUCGGUAGUAUUAAUAAUAAUACCGGUAAUAUUCAUAAUGGAACACAUGUAUAAAUUUCCUUCUUCUGCCUCCACUCAAUUCAAUGUUGUUUUUUUUCUAUGAAGAAUUUUUUAAAUUCUUUCUUUCGUUUUUAUUGUAAAUUUUUUUCUUUUUUU